CUUCAUGCUCCCGAUUGUCGGGCCUCUCCUUGCACGACUGUUUGUCUAUCCGUUUCGCAACAACAUGGACUGCUCGAUGACCCGGCCGUCAUCGACAUCGCGGUUCCCCUUCUUCCCCUUUUCGCUGUGGUCCUCCAAGCGACCGCAGCAAUCCACCGCGUCGACACAGACUCCGGCGCAGACCUCGCCACGCAUCAUGGCACAAUCCCAGACACAGAUCCAGGCUCCUGCCCGAUCAGAGCCCGAAACACAAUCACAACGACAGCCCGAGAGUCUGCCUCGGACUCCGGUCCCUCCCCAGCCGACAGCAGAGGAACUGGCCGAGCGCGACCGUCAAAAUCGUGAGACGGCCCGUGAAGAGGCAGUUCAGGAGCUGGACAGUCUGGUCGGCCACGACAACGUCAAACGCCAGCUGCACGGCGUCCAGACCUGGGUGCAGAUUUGCCGUCGCCAUGGACGCGACCCGAAGAGCGAGUGGUACAACAUCGCCUUCCUGGGCAAUCCCGGCACAGGCAAGACCACCGUCGCCCGCAUCUACGCCAAGAUGCUGUACGCCAUGGGUAUCUGUGAUUCCCAUACCGUCUGUGAGACUACUGGCGCCGAUCUGGCUAGCCGGGGUCCCGACGGAGUGCAGCAACUGCUGCGCAACAUGACGGACGCCAAAGCUCCGGUGCAAACCGCCGGAGUGCUCAUCGUCGACCAUCCCCACACCCUGAUGGACGCUCCCCAGACCCCGGCUACCGAGCAGGCUCUCGAGGAUAUCCGGCAUGCGAUGGAGCGCAACAUCGGUCGCAUUAUUGUCAUCUUCACUGGCGACGCCGACGAGAUGAAUAGCUUCUUGCGCGAGAACCCCUCCCUCCAGCAACGGAUCUGCAGCUCGCUGCGAUUCAAUGACUUUGACCGCCAGCAGCUGACGCAGCUGCUGGCCCGUCGCAUCAUCACCGAAUACAACGGUCGCAUGCAGGUUGAGGGGGGUCUCGAGGGCACCUACAUGCAGGCUGCAGCUCGCCGGCUGGUCCGGGGGCGUGCCGCCAAGGGGUUCACCAACGCCCAUGCCGUGCGCGAGAUGGUCAAGAGCAUUGCUCAGCGUCAGGCCCAGUGCUUGACCGACCAGCAGGACAGCGGCAUGGACGAGGUGGACUACUUUUUCUUCUCCAAGGAUGAUGUUCUCGGCCCCAGCCCGGCGGAGACCCGGUCGACCAGCGAAGCCUGGGAAGCCAUGCAGAAGCUGAUCGGUCAGGACGCCGUCAAGGCCUCGGUGGCUGAAGUUUUCGACACGACCGAGGAGAACUACUACCGCGAGAUCCGCAACCAGCGUCGUCUGCCGCUGCGGGUCAAUCGCAUCUUUGCGGGGCCUCCAGGCACCGGCAAGAGCACGGCCAUCCGAAUGUACGCCCAGAUUCUGGUGGACUUGGGAGUGUUGAACAACGGAGAGGUCCGUGUCAAACCGCUGUCGGCUCUCUGUGAUCUGCCGGAAGACCAACUCCGUGCGACCGUCGAGUCGACGAUCGGCAAUGUCCUCGUUGUCGACGUCGACACCGAUCGCCAGGAGCGCCCGACCGUGCCGGACGCGGUCGUCGACAUCCUCGCAGCGCCGCGCGACAAUCACUGCACCAUCCUGGUUGGUACGCACGACAGCAUCAGCCAGUUCCUGCAUCGCGCGGGUCCCAAAGCCCGCGGGUUUGAGACACAUCUGGUGCGCUUCUCUGCGUUGACGCGCGAGCACAUGGAAGAGCUCUUCCAAAGCAAGCUCGACGAGCAGGAUCUCGAUGCCACCCCGGAGGCCUUCCAGGCCGCCAUGGACACCCUCGACAACGCCCGUAUGCGCAAGGACUUUGACAAUGCUCGCGCCGUCGAGCAUCUCCUCGCUGCGGCCAUCUAUCACUUUGAGCGUCGGUCGCGCACCGGCGCCAGCGCCCAGCCCGUCGAACGUCUCCUUGAGGGACGCGACUUCAAUCCGGAGCUGGUGGGCGGCACGACGGCGCUGGUCUUCCGCGAGGAGCUGCGCCAUUCCAUCGUGCCGGACGAUAUCAUCUCCAUCCUGAAGCGGUAUCACAAUGAGAUGAAGGCCGCCUGGCUGCAGGGGCUGGAUCCGGGCGCACGUAUGCCCGCUGCAUUUGUAUUCAAGGGUGCACCAGGCACCGGUAAAAAGACCGUCGCCCGCCAGCUAGGCACCUUGUACUACAAGAUGGGCGCUCUCAGCGACGGAGCCCUGGUGCCAUGCUCGGUUGCCGACCUACUAGCACCCAACGUCCACCCGACCUCGGUGCGGUCCCGGUCGCAACUAGACCAAAACAAGGGCAAGGUGCUCUUCAUCGAAGACGCCCACCGACUAGCCGACACCGAUACCACGCAGGCCGUGGACGAGCUAGUCUACCUGCUGCCCAAGUAUGCCUCCACCAUGGUGGUGAUCCUGGCCGGACCGGCCCAGGAAAUGGACCAGUUGCUGGCCAACCGGCCACGUUUGUCCGCCCUGUUCCAAGAAGAGAUUGUCUUCCGCAACCCAACGCCACGCGAAUGUCUCCGUCUGCUGGACCGCAAGCUGGAUGAGCAGCAGAUCAAGGGUCCCCGGUUGUACUUGACGGACCCGCGCGCGCCUAGCCAUCGCGAGUUCACCCGCGCCAUUCAGAUCCUAUCCAUGUUCCCUUGCUGGAGCAAUGCUCGGGAUGUGGAGGUGUUGGUGCGCUGGAUGGUCGCGGCGUGUAUCAAGGAUCUGCCGCUGGAUAAUAGCAGCAGUGUCAGUGCUCUACCGGCGAUGCAGUUGUCCGAGGAGCAGGCGAUGAGUUGCAUGGUCAGGCUAUUCAAUCUGAAGCGUGAUCGUUUGAGAUUUAACCAGGAUCCCAAGGCCAGGGCCUUGCCUAGGGUGCUGUCGCAGCCUAGGUGUACGGAUCGGACCGGGGUGAAGUUCCCUGUUUGA